UAAGAACACUGUGCAGGAGAGCACAGCUGAUGUGCUGAUACAUUUUUCAGAUAAUCUCUCUAUCUCCUCAGAACUGAAGCAGAAAUCCUCCAGUCUGGUGCAGAGCACCUCCAUGUGUCCUCACUGUUACCAGUUGCUGCUUCCAGACCAUCAGCGGGUGAGACUGCGGCCAAAGCAGCGCCCAUCUGCACGGGUGCAGAGCGUCCUGCGCAGGAAGGCCAGGGGCAAACGACUCAGCAUGAUGCAGAAAAAACUGCUGCAACGUUUCGAAAAGUCCUGCUCAGUACUGAUGGCCACCUGCCACACUUGCAACACAACAUCCAGACACAGAGGAACGAACAGGGAGUUCAUCGCUAACUUCGCCAAGACCCACAGCACACCGGGGAGCACGGGCAAAUACAAGACCCCUCAGUCAACCAGCAGAGGCAACAUGAACACACCCAAGACUCCCAAAGACAAGACACCCGCUCAUACACCAAGGUCCUCCAUCUCCUCCAGCACUUCAGGCUCAGGCUCCUCAUCCUCUAAACCGGCUUCUAAACCUAAAAACUGGGUCGUCCAGCGUCUCAGCAAGAUACUCCUGCGGGACAACAACCAGGGGGGCAAGAAGGGGGGCUUGAAAGAUUUUCUCUCCUCACUUUGAAAUGCUCUUAAAUACACCUUGUCUUUAUGCAUUCUUGUAAAAAAAACAAGGGCUCAGACCCGUGUUGUAUCCUUUUUUACGCAAAGGGUUAAAGGGGAACUGGAGAAAGUUACUUGGGUUUCCGAGCCGAUGUAGGAAGGGUUGCAGUUUGCCCACCAACAUGACUAUUGCUGGGCUGUUUGGAAUGGCACUCCUGGUAUCCUGAAUGCAACAACUGGGAGCGCCGAGCUGGUAAUAUCAACUACUGCCUCGUUUAUUGAGCCAAUGAGAGGAGAGUGCUUCGUUGUGUCUUCUUAAGCACAGGCCUCUUGUAUUUUCUAAACUUGGGGGGCUAUUUUGAGUUGAAUGUUUGAAUAAGGAAAUUAUCCAUUUUUUUUAUCAAAUGGCUAAAACUCAGAAGAAAACCAAACUUUGUUCUGUCAUUGUGUUUGUGGCACGAGAGGCUUGUUUACACACCAACAUCCUUCUCUACUUAAGUUAAAUAUGCAUUUCUUUACAGUAGGUUUAUACAAUUGUUCACACUACUUGAUGUUAAAUUUAGUACUGAUUUAACAUGACAAGUGGACAUGUGCUGUCACCACUUUGGCAUUUUGUGUAUGUUCAUACAUUUCUUUUGAAGCUGUGCACUGCCACCUGUGAAGAUAUUUGUAAUUAUCAGUUUUUGUUUACAUGAAUCAGGCACAUCUGCCUAAAACCUCACUGACUUAAUGUUGUCAAGACUUUACUCUUUUUCAUGUUUUCUUUAAAUGCUUUUUGUAAGGUUACUCUUUUCAUCUUUUUGUUAAGAGCAGGAGUUUAAAUAUAUCAACGGCAUUUUGUACUGCUUGAAUACUUUAGAUUAAUCCAUUAGCUAUUCACUGUACUGUAUGUGAUUAAAUCCUGAAAUACCUCACACUUGUUUUCAAAAUACACCUUGACUCUUAUCAAUAAAAACUUCAAAGUCUGUGAAAACAA